CCGCAGCCUGAAGCUCGCCGAGAACCUGGACACGCUGAGCGCGGCGGCCACCAAGCUGCGCGAGGACAUGGCGCCCUACUACAAGGAGAUGAAGGAGAUGUGGCAGAAGGACACGGAGGCCCUGCGCCAGGAGCUCAGCAAGGACCUGGAGGAGGUCAAGGAGAAGAUCCGGCCCUUCCUGGACCAGUUCUCCCAGAAGUGGACGGAGGAGGUGGAGCAGUACCGGCAGCGCCUGGCGCCCGUGGCCGAGGAGCUCAAGGAGCUCACCAAGCAGAAGGUGGAGCUCAUGCAGGAGAAGCUGACGCCGGUGGCCGAGGAGGCGCGUGACCGCCUGCGCGGGCACGUGGAGGAGCUGCGCAAGAACCUGGCGCCCUUCAGCGACGAGCUGCGCCAGAAGCUGAGCCAGAAGCUGGAGGAGAUCCGCGAGAAGGGCAUCCCGCAGGCCGCCGAGUACCAGGCCAAGGUGGUGGAGCAGCUGAGCAACCUGCGCGAGAAGGUGUCGCCGCUGGUGCAGGACUUCAAGGAGCGCCUCACGCCC